UGAAAGAACACUAAUUAAUAACAUGAAAACUUAUGAAAAUAUAAAACACACUGGUAAAGAUUUUAUAGAUACAAAGAGAAGUCUCUUUAAUCUGUCACACUCGAGCAUUUAUAUAAUCUUGGUUAUGGCUUUUUGUAAUCUUCCGCCCACGAUGCAAUGGAUGCAAGCACCAGGGACAAUAUCCACCUGUCCACCUGGACUGGAAUAUUUGAUGCAGUUCUCAGUUGUUUUGAAACUAGUAAAAAUUACGAAGUCAUGAACGAUCAAGGACAGAGAAUUUAUUUUGCAGAAGAGAGAAGUAAUUGUUUCUUCCGAUACCUCUGUGGACCUUCAAGAUCUUUUACCAUGACAAUUUAUGAUAAUGUAGGCCGUGAUGUCAUUACUAUGCAUAAAGCUUUAAGAAACUGCUACCUACAAAAGGACUACAUGUACUUUGAACUCUGGUCAUAAGUUUUGCCAGCUUUCAGCAAAAUUAAUCAACUUUCACUGAGAAUAUUUAAAUAAAGUUUUAUUUCACUA